AUGGCGUCUCCGGCGCAGCUUCAGGCGGGGCGGUCUGGCACUUACUAUACGCCUUUCCCGGUCCUUGGCCUCGCGAGCAACGGCAGCCAGAUCAUCCUGACUUCGGGUGGAGGAGGGGCGGCAGCAGCGAAGGAGGUGCCCAACAGCGUGCAGGUCCACAGGUACGAUGAAGCCACGGGUAAGCUGAAUACGAUCGCCGCCCUGAACACCGAGAAGCAGGUCGUGCACAGUCUCACCUUCUCGCCGACAAACGGCCUGUGGCUGGCGAGCACGAAAGGCAGCUGCAAGGUCCUCGAAUUGAGCGAGAGCGCGAACACGCUCACGCAGGUGCUGGAGUGGACGAGCGAUACAGAGGGCAAGGAUGUGUCGCAGAACGUCGCCAGGUGGUCUCCCUCCGGCGAACUCUCCGUGACUGGGGGCACGGACGGGGUGCUGAGAGUGUGGAGCAUGCAGAAGCCUCCGGCGGCGCCGUCGCUGAAGCACGCUUGCGAGAAGAUCAUGAUCCCGUCCACCGGCCUGGGCGGUGGGAUGAAGGCAAGAGAGCUUCGCAGGGAUGGGCGUGGAAUGCAGAGGCACGGGGCAGGUGGGAGGAGGAGCAGGAUAAGAAGAACAAAGACGAGGGAGCAUGGGGAUCGACGGGCAGGAGGAUGA